GCAGGACUGGAGCAUCCUUCCCUUCCUCCCUCCUCUUGAGCCCAGCAUCAGGACCAGCCUCAGCAUCCUCCAAGGAGGAGAGCCCUCUUGCUUGCUCCAUGCCCUGGCCAGCCUCUCCCCAGCCAGCCUGGGCUCCAGGGACCUCUUGAGCUGCCCCAAGGUCAUUUUCAGGUGUGGAAUCAAUACAGAAGGAGAGAAACUUCUAGGCCGCCAAAAUGGCAGGAGCCUCUGUAAAGGUGGCGGUGAGAGUGCGCCCUUUCAAUUCCCGAGAAAUGGGCAAAGAUUCCAAAUGUAUCAUACAGAUGACAGGAAACACCACAACUAUCAUUAAUCCGAAGCAGCCGAAGGAGACACCCAAAAGUUUCAGCUUUGACUAUUCCUAUUGGUCUCACACAACACCUGACGACAUCAACUAUGCCUCUCAAAAGCAGGUAUACCGGGACAUUGGAGAGGAGAUGCUGCAGCAUGCUUUUGAAGGUUACAAUGUCUGCAUCUUUGCCUAUGGACAGACUGGAGCUGGAAAAUCAUAUACCAUGAUGGGCAGACAGGAAAAGGACCAGCAAGGAAUAAUUCCCCAGCUGUGUGAAGAUCUCUUCUCCCGAAUCAAUGACACAACGAAUGACAACAUGUCUUACUCAGUGGAGGUGAGCUACAUGGAAAUAUAUUGUGAACGUGUGCGUGACCUCCUCAACCCAAAGAAUAAAGGAAAUUUAAGGGUGAGAGAGCAUCCACUCCUUGGGCCUUAUGUGGAAGAUCUCUCGAAACUAGCUGUCACAUCGUAUAAUGACAUUCAGGAUCUAAUGGACUCUGGGAACAAAGCCAGGACAGUGGCUGCCACCAAUAUGAAUGAAACCAGUAGCCGCUCACAUGCUGUCUUCAAUAUCAUUUUCACCCAGAAGCGGCAUGAUGCCGAGACUGAUAUCACCACUGAGAAGGUCAGCAAAAUCAGCUUGGUCGAUCUUGCAGGGAGUGAACGAGCUGACUCCACAGGAGCAAAAGGCACACGACUUAAGGAAGGAGCGAACAUCAAUAAAUCACUAACCACCUUGGGGAAGGUGAUUUCUGCUCUAGCUGAAAUGGAUUCAGGACCAAAUAAGAAUAAAAAGAAGAAAAAGACAGAUUUUAUUCCAUAUCGGGAUUCUGUACUUACCUGGCUCCUUCGAGAAAAUCUAGGUGGUAACUCUAGGACUGCUAUGGUUGCUGCUCUUAGCCCUGCAGAUAUCAACUAUGAUGAGACCCUCAGCACCUUAAGGUAUGCUGACCGUGCUAAGCAGAUCAGGUGCAAUGCUGUCAUUAAUGAGGAUCCUAACAACAAACUGAUCAGAGAGCUGAAGGAUGAAGUGGCUCGUCUGAGAGACCUGCUGUAUGCUCAGGGCUUGGGAGACAUCAUUGACACUAAUCCUGUUCCAGGAGGACCUAAAUACAUUUCCGACUUUGAGAACAAUAAUGAUAACCGUAGAGUGGCAGAUAUGAGUCAACGCCAUGACAAUCUCUCCACAGUGACCAAUGCCUUGGUAGGAAUGAGCCCAUCUUCCUCACUCUCUGCCUUGUCCAGCCGAGCUGCUUCUGUUUCCAGUCUCCAUGAGCGCAUCAUGUUUGCUCCAGGUAGUGAAGAGGCCAUUGAGAGGCUGAAGGAAACUGAAAAGAUCAUUGCUGAGCUGAAUGAAACAUGGGAGGAAAAGCUGCGUAGAACAGAAGCAAUUCGAAUGGAGAGAGAAGCUUUGCUGGCAGAAAUGGGAGUGGCUAUGAGAGAAGAUGGUGGUACGCUAGGAGUGUUCUCUCCCAAGAAGACACCACAUCUGGUCAACCUAAAUGAAGAUCCACUGAUGUCUGAGUGCCUUCUGUACUACAUUAAAGAUGGAAUAACCAGGGUUGGUCGAGAAGAUGCUGAAAGGAGGCAAGACAUUGUACUCAGUGGGCACUUCAUCAAAGAAGAACACUGCAUAUUCCGAAGUGACACCAAGGCUGGCAGUGAAGCAGUGGUGACCCUGGAACCUUGUGAGGGGGCAGACACCUAUGUCAACGGCAAGAAAGUCACAGAACCCAGCAUCUUAAGAUCUGGAAAUCGCAUAAUCAUGGGGAAGAGCCACGUCUUUCGAUUUAAUCAUCCUGAGCAGGCACGGCAGGAGCGAGAGCGAACUCCCUGUGCAGAAACCCCUGCUGAACCAGUGGACUGGGCUUUUGCCCAGAGAGAACUUUUGGAGAAACAAGGCAUCGACAUGAAGCAGGAGAUGGAACAGAGACUUCAGGAACUCGAAGACCAAUACCGGAAGGAAAGGGAAGAGGCUAAUUACCUUCUUGAGCAGCAAAGACUCGAUUAUGAGAGUAAAUUGGAGGCUUUACAGAAGCAGAUGGACUCUAGAUACUACCCUGAGGCUAAUGAGGAAGAGGAGGAACCUGAGGAUGAAGUUCAGUGGACAGAUCGGGAGUUUGAGCUGGCACUCUGGGGCUUCAGGAAGUGGAAGUGGUACCAGUUUACAUCUCUACGAGACCAACUGUGGGGCAAUGCCAUUUUCCUCAAGGAGGCCAAUGCCAUCAGUGUGGAGUUGAAGAAGAAGGUUCAGUUUCAGUUCGUGCUCCUCACAGACACUCUAUACUCUCCUCUGCCCCCUGACUUGCUUCCUCCGGAUGCUGCCAAAGACCGUGAGAAACGUCCUUUCCCAAGGACCAUUGUGGCAGUGGAGGUUCAGGACCAGAAGAAUGGAGCAACCCAUUACUGGACUCUGGAGAAACUCAGGCAGAGGUUGGACCUGAUGCGGGAGAUGUACGACCGGGCAGCUGAAGUGCCCUCUAGUGUAAUAGAAGACUGUGACAAUGUGGUGACUGGCGGAGAUCCCUUUUAUGACCGCUUCCCUUGGUUCAGGCUGGUUGGCAGUUCAGAUAUCUCUGGCUGCAACAGCUCUCCUAUUUUCAACACAUGCAUGAGCGAGCGCAUGGCUGAUCUCACCCCCUCCCCCACCUUCUCGAACCCUGACUCCGACAUCACCGAGCCUGCUGACGAGCAGCACGUGGGGAAGGAGGAGGAGGAGGAGGAGGAGGACCUGGAGGAAGACAUCUUUCCGGAGUACCCGCUGUAUGAUGGCCAGGAUCCAUUUUACGACCGCUCCCCCCUGUUCAGUUUAGUAGGAAGAGCUUUUGUGUAUCUCAGCAACUUGCUGUAUCCUGUGCCUCUGGUCCACCGUGUUGCCAUUGUCAGUGAGAAGGGAGAAGUUAAAGGAUUCUUGCGUGUGGCAGUACAGGCCAUCUCAGCGGAUGAAGAAGCACCAGAUUAUGGCUCAGGAGUGAGGCAGUCAGGAACAGCCAAAAUUUCAUUUGAUGACCAGCACUUUGAGAAGUUCCAGUCUGAGUCCUGUCCUGUGGUGGGAAUGUCCCGAUCUGGAACUUCACAGGAGGAACUGCGCAUUGUUGAGGGACAGGGGCAGAUAACUGAUAUUGGACCAUCUGCUGAUGAAGUCAACAACAACACUUGUGCAGCCACUCCAGAAGAUCUUCUUAUGGACAGUUCAGAGAAGUCUGCUGUGGAUGGGCCUUUAGAGGCAGCCUUGGAGCACUUGAAGCUGGGAAGCAUUUUCACUUUCAGGGUGACUGUUCUGCAGGCCUCCAGCAUUUCAGCAGAAUAUGCAGACAUCUUCUGCCAGUUUAACUUUAUUCACCGCCAUGAUGAGGCCUUCUCUACAGAGCCUUUGAAGAAUACUGGACGAGGCCCACCUCUUGGCUUUUAUCAUGUUCAAAAUAUUGCUGUGGAGGUCACCAAAUCUUUCAUUGAAUACAUUAGGAGCCAACCAAUUGUUUUUGAGGUCUUUGGACACUAUCAGCAGCAUCCUUUCCCUCCUCUCUGCAAGGAUGUCCUCAGCCCCCUGAGACCAUCCCGGCGCCAUUUUCCUCGGGUCAUGCCAUUAUCUAAACCAGUGCCUGCAACCAAACUGAGUGCCAUGACAAGACCUAGCAUUGGCCCCUGCCAGUGCAAGUAUGAUUUGAUGGUCUUCUUUGAGAUCUGUGAGCUGGAGGCCAAUGGCGACUAUAUUCCUGCUGUUGUGGAUCACCGGGGAGGAAUGCCCUGCCACGGAACCUUCUUGCUGCACCAGGGUAUCCAGAGGAGGAUCACAGUGACCUUGGUGCAUGAGACAGGUAGCCACAUCCGCUGGAAGGAAGUGCGGGAGCUAGUUGUGGGCCGGAUCCGAAACACCCCAGAAGGAGAUGAAUCCCUCAUUGAUCCCAACAUCCUCUCUCUGAACAUUCUGUCAUCAGGAUAUAUCCGUCCUUCUCAAGAUGAUCGGACAUUUUACCAAUUUGAGGCAGCCUGGGAUAGUUCCAUGCACAACUCUCUGCUACUGAAUCGCGUCACCCCAUACAGGGAGAAAAUCUACAUGACCCUCUCUGCAUACAUUGAGAUGGAGAACUGCACCCAGCCAGCUGUGAUCACCAAAGAUUUCUGCAUGGUCUUCUACUCCAGAGAUGCCAAACUCCCUGCUUCUCGAUCCAUCCGCAAUCUUUUUGGAAGUGGAAGUCUACGAGCCUCAGAGAGCAACCGUGUGACUGGGGUCUAUGAGCUGAGCCUUUGUAGAGUGGCUGAUGCUGGCAGUCCAGGCAUGCAAAGGAGACGAAGGCGUGUACUUGACACAUCUGUGGCGUAUGUCCGAGGUGAAGAGAACCUAGCAGGCUGGCGGCCCCGUAGUGACAGCCUCAUCUUGGAUCACCAGUGGGAACUGGAGAAACUGAGCCUGCUGCAGGAAGUUGAGAAAACAAGACAUUACCUGCUCCUGCGUGAGAAAUUAGAGACAACUCAGCGUUUAGGUCUUGAUUCCCUAUCGUCAAGCUCCAGUGAAGACUCUGAUUCCCGGAGCACCUCUUGUGUUUCAUCUCCUAUCUCAGCAGAUGGUACUCCAGAAGGAAGGACUUUACCCUUGGACAUGCCCAGUGAGAGGCAGAAAGAACUUGCAGUCAAGUGCUUGCGCCUCCUUACACACACAUUCAACAGAGAGUACAGUCAUAGCCACGUCUGUGUUAGUGCAAGUGAGAGCAAGCUGUCUGAAAUGUCAGUGACUCUGAUGAGAGACCCUUCCAUGCCAGCUCUUGGUGGCAAUACUUUGACCCCCUCUUCCACUUGCCCAUCACUGGUUGAAGGACGGUACACUGCCACAGAUGCCAGACCUCUCCAGCUCUCUUCCAGGGUGGACAGCCCUGAAUCUGAAUCCACAAUUGAAGGAGAACAAAAGAAAUCCCCCACCUGUGGGCCUGAGGAUGAAAAGGAGACCCAGCGCCUUUUGGUCCCUGACAUUCAAGAGAUUCGAGUCAGCCCCAUUGUCUCCAGAAAAGGCUAUCUACACUUCUUGGAGCCUCAUACAAAUGGCUGGGUGAAGCGCUAUGUGGUGGUGAGACGCCCCUAUGUCUACAUCUACAACAGUGACAAGGACUCGGUGGAGAGGGCAGUUCUCAAUCUCUCAUCAGCUCAGGUGGAAUACAGUGAGGACCAGCAGGCCAUGCUCAAAACCCCCAACACAUUCGCAGUGUGCACUGAGCAUCGUGGGAUCCUGCUGCAGGCAAGCAAUGACAAGGAUAUGCAUGACUGGCUAUAUGCAUUUAACCCUCUCCUGGCUGGCUCAAUAAGAUCCAAGCUAUCUAGACGAAGAACAGCCCAGACAAGAAUUUAGCCCAAAAGAAUCACCCGCUUCAUCAAACAAAGUGAAACAAUGGGUGCUGUUUGAGGGUCCCUUCUUAAAUUUGGAUCUCUCCUGUUGUUCAUCUCCCAGAUGCCUGCGCCCCAGAGUGAUCCAUCUUGAGUUACAGCUUCAUUGGCCAAAUUCAUUUCUAUGGUAACUUUAGAAGCCUGGUAUGCCCUGAAAUUGUGCACAUGUGAUCUUCCACCCAUCUCUUCAUUGGGUGACAAAUGGCACUAACCAGAGCUUUUUUUUUUAUUUUGAUUUUUAAAGCAAUUUUAAAAAUCUUUAAAUUGGAGGCAGGAGCUUGCAAAGGAGUGGAAGUUAUAAAUUAUGUUACUUAAAAGAGGUAAAAAUGAUACGAUUGUGUGCUAAUAAAUCAUAACUUAUUGACUUUUUUUAAAAAUUACUUGGUAGAGCAAGAAAGAGUAGUAUGAGAUUAUAUUUAUAAAGUAUUUAUUUCUAUUUACUUCACUGAAAAAUGUACAUUCUGUUUAUCAUGUGUUGUUUUCCACACCUACGCACAUAUGUGAUGCUGCAUCCUAUUUCUCAUAAAGGAAAAGAUGUGGAAGUGUGCCCAAGAGGGCCCCGUCAGCCCCCAUUUCGAACACUACAGUUGCUGCCAGCCUGCUUAUUUUCUCUUUUCUCACACUCACCAAAUUUUAUUUUACUUGGCUAUGGGCAGAAGUAGAUGUUAUAUUCAAAAGUGUCCAACAUUCCUCCAAAAUUCUUACCCACCCCCCCCCCCCCCCCCCCCCCCAGUGAGAAGCAGCUUUGAAAGGCUCCGCUUGAGAGUAAAGAAGUAGCAAUGGCAGUUGCACUUAAUUCUUUCUUCACUACCUAUUUUUCCCUUGGAAUUGUUUUCCCAAUCUCCACAUCCCAGUUGCUGCUUCUGCUGCUUCUGUUGGGGAGGUGGGGGAUCAGGUAUCCUAUACUUUCCUCUAUGGGAGAGAAAGCAGUAGAAUAAAGAUUGGAGGGGAACAAGUGAUGCAUUUUUGGUCUCCCAACUUUUCAUAGUGUUGCUUUUCACCUUUUAAGCCUAUCACUAUUUCUUAUAUGCUGCCCCAUGUAAUUUUGAGACUGGCAUUCAUUAUUCUUAAUUCAAUGAAGGUGUGGUGUUGAAGGUAAAUUUAUGUGAUGUCUAGCAAAAGAAUGCUGGGAUGGAUUCUUUCCAUGCAAGCUAUUAUUCAUAACAUAGAAUGAAAGAAAUGAGAAGACCCUAGACUACUGAUGGAAAUGUGUGCUCUCAAAUGGGCAAUUCCUCUUCAUUUUAGUAUUUAGAAUCUGUUCUAUUCUAUUCUUCUUAUGCUGCAAAGAGAAAUGGAUGAACAGAAGGAGAAAAGAAUUCAGGGACAAUCCAUGGACCUAGUUGGGAAUUUGUAACCCCAAAAUUGAAUAACAUUCUGGAGUUUAUCACAUGUCCUGUGAAUAAAUAGGUAUUAAAUCCUGUGAAUAUCCCGCAAAAGCUGGAUUGUUUUCAGACAACGUCGUGCGACGUUGCUAUUAUCCCAGCAUUAAUCUGUGAAUAAAGUGGCCAAAUUGCACCGCUGCUUAUUUUCAAGAAAAUCCCAAAAAUAAAAAGCGGCAUGAUUUGGCCACUUUAUUCACAUGUUAAUGCCAGGAUAAUGGUGAAUUUGUGCAACGUUGUCUGAAAAUAAUCCCACUCUUGCAGGAUAUUCACAGAUUUAAUACCCAUUUAUUCACGGGAUGCGGUUGCUUCCCUCUCGUGUGAUAAACUCCCCUGUCUCACUCAGACUGGUGGAUGAAGCCCUUCUAAAUAGAUUCAGUAGGCUGGUCCAGGUGUGUAUAAUCUUGUAACCCACAAGAUUAGUGGCUGGAAUGAAUAUGGCAGAGUGUCUGUCAUCCGAUUCUUUUGCCAACUGGACACAACACAACUGAGUGGUAUUUUACUUCAUUUUAUCUCCCAUAAAAUAGCAUGUACUUCCAUCUUUCUCCAGUUUUCCUUCUGACUUACAGAUCCACGGAGAGGGGCUAAUUCUCCCCAUGGACUCGCAAUUUACUAGAUCAGUCCUAGUAUUUUCUGGUACUGGCAUAACUUUCAAAAACAUUCUUAAACCCAUUUCUGCAUUUUAAGGAAGUAUAUGCUAAAUGUAUGAAGGACAUACUUUCCUGUCCAGAGGUUAGUUCUUCAAAAUGUUAUGUCCAACUUUAUUUGCGUAAACAGUGCUAUUUUACAGUGCAGUCAAGAUGACCAUACAGGAGGCUGUCAAGUGAUAAUUCUGUUUAUUUGUUUUAAUAUGCAUGGUUUACUUUUCCUGAGUGCAAAACAAAACAAAAAGAAGAGGUAGUUGUUUUUUUAAAGAGCCUUAGUGGAUAACUUUUAUUCAUUGCAACUUUCCAGCCUAAGGCUGCUUCCAGACAAUGUGUUUACAGUGGAAUUGCUAUACCCUCUACACUUACAUUUAAUGGUGUGUGUGUUCCACAUGGCACAGUUGUCCUCUUAUAACACCCCUUUGCUUUCCCAAAGCUGCAUCCAUCUAGUUUCAUAUCAUGGAAUACACCAAUUCAGAAGUAUAGCAGCAGAAAUUCUUCACAGAUGAGCAAACUGUGUAGAAGGAACACUGAAAUUCUGCUUACAACAGAAAAGCAUUGAUUUUGUAGCAUUACCAAACAUCCUUUGACUGCAAGCACCCUAAGUCCAAAGAUCUGCAUAUAAUUUCAAGAAAAGUCAUUCUUGAUUCUUGAUUUCUGAUCAGUGGAGAUUCUUGCUCAUUUACCAGUAUCUGAUAUACUGUCCUCUAACAUACUAAUUAAAAACAGUUACAUUGGCAUUAACUGGCAUUAGACCAGAUGGGUUGAAUGGAGGUUUUUUACAAACAUAAUUAUGAUAAUACGAAAUAUAGCCAUACUGAAUCUUCAUUUCUCUAAAACGUUCUAAGUCACAUUUUAUGAUUAAGUAUAAACAUCAGCUAUCAGGAGCCAACCUGAAAAAAAGCAGAUGAAGUAUAAGCCUUUCUCUUUAAAAAACAAGAUUUACAGUGCAAUUAUGUACAUAUUUAUUUGGAAGCAAGUCUCACUGUGUUCAGUGGCACUUACUUCUAGGUAAGUGAGUAUAGGACUGCAAGCUUAGUAUCACAAUAGUUCAUUUACAGAGGAAUAUUCUUUCUGAGCAGAGGCAGGCCUUCAGAGACAGAUGGGAUUCAUUCAGUAGAAGAUUGUGUACCUAUCAAAAAUCUACCUAUGUAGAAUUUACCAACGGUAAGUAGACUUGGCCCCAUUAAUUACAACACAGUUCUAAUAACAGAGGAAUAUACAGUAUGUACAACCACCCUUAUCAUUCAGGCCAAAAUAAGGAAACUGUUAGAGACUUAAAUAUAUUGGUGAUAAUGAAUGAAGAAGCAAUAUUCAGUAUCCUUGUUCACAUUUGUUUUUGACCAGUCAUGCGGGGCGGGGGGGGGGGGGAUAUGUAUAUUACCUGCACAGCAAGGAAGGAUUGAUAAUAGGGAAGGGCAGACUGAUACGGGGUAUGGCUUAGGUCAGCCAGCCUAAAGUUCAUGUCCUUUGAUGGUAUCAGUUUUGGGAAAGAGUAUUUUCUCACUCAGAUUCCUGUGUUGCUGGGGCCAGCAAACCUGCAGACAACAUGACAAUCUUGAGUAAGGGAUUAAAAGCUUGACUGAAAGCAGAAAUAAAUAGGAAUUUUUAAAUCAGAAAUCCAGGUCAAUGACUGAAAAGACAUUGGUGAACUGUGAGUUCAACAAAUUGACAUUAGUUUAUUUA